CUCCUCUUCUCGCGCGCUGGUUAAAAAGAAGGAGGAAAGAGCAAGGGGAAACAUGUGAGCGCUCUGAGGAUCUAGUGAGAGACAAUUUUGUGCUUACUUUUUUGACCCAAUGCACUGUGCUGAAACGGAUUUUAAAUCAGAAGGAAGGACACAAAUUAAGCUUACUGAAAUUCUCAGAGUUUGCUUAUUAUUUGCUUUGUUUUCUUUACGAGAGAAACAUUUGUAUUUCUGGGGUAUGCCAUCAUAACCAGCACUACCAUUAAUUUAUUUUAAAUAACAUUUUUUUCUUUAGCAAAUAUUUAAUUCUGAUUACUUUAUGCGUAUAUCUUUAUUAAACUAAAUGAUUAUACUCGUUUACCUGUGAUACAGCAUAUAUAAAUAUAGAGAAUAGAGUAUUUUGUAGGUUUGCACCGUUGCUUUCAACAGUGAUUUCUCUCAUAUCUUUUGGUUCCAACGUUUUUUCAAUAUGAGGCAUUUGAAAUUUGUACUCGUGUUGGCUAUUGCAGUCAACGUUUGGGAAUGUGGGGAUUCGAAAUUUGGCGAGAAGGGGGAAAUAAGCCCGAGGAGAAGGAGAUGUUACGACGGGAGCAUGCCCAAGCGACUGAAGAAGAGGGAACGAAAACUGUCAGUGGACAGCGGUGCAAGCAGCGGGGAAGUUUGUCACAGGUUGUACCCUCGUGUGUCAUGCUGCCCAACCAGGCGUGCUGCUUAUCAGAUAGUUCACCGGCGUGAUGCCAGGAUCUUCUCCACCAAUAACACGGAGUGCAGCCGUCUCCUGGAGGAGAUCAAGUGUGCACACUGUUCGCCCAACGCCCAAGUGCUGUUCCACUCCCCCGAGUCGGACAAGGUCCCCCUCAGGGAGCCCCACCUGCCACGCCUCUGCCAGGACUACUGCCGAGAGUUCUACUAUACCUGCCGCGGACACAUACCAGGUAACCAUUCUACUACACCUACCACUAAGAUAUACCAGGUAACCAUUCUACUACACCUACCACUAAGAUAUACCAGGUAACCAUUCUACUACACCUACCACUAAGAUAUACCAGGUAACCAUUCUACUACACCUACCACUAAGAUAUACCAGGUAACCAUUCUACUACACCUACCACUAAGAUAUACCAGGUAACCAUUCUACUACACCUACCACUAAGAUAUACCAGGUAACCAUUCUACUACACCUACCACUAAGAUAUACCAGGUAACCAUUCUACUACACCUACCACUAAGAUAUACCAGGUAACCAUUCUACUACACCCACCACUAAGAUAUACCAGGUAACCAUUCUACUACACCUACCACUAAGAUAUACCAGGUAACAAAGAAGGAUGAUGAUAGUACCAUCACUACCUCAGUCAGUGCUUACACUGUAUAGGCGGAGUGAGGCACACAUAUGAACACAAAUCUCGCUCGCUC